CAGCAGGGAGGGGAGGGCCAGGCUCACAGAUCAGCAGCCCUGAGUGCCCCAUGGGCCCCCUCGCCCUGUCCUGCCCCAAGGCCCUGCCCUCAGUGAGCCACUGAGCCUGUCCCUCCCAGCCCAGCCCGGAGUAGCCACUGGGGAUAGAGGUGGCAUGCGGAGCCUCGAGUCCCCGAGGUCCGGCCCCACCGGUCCCGGCACGUCGCACACCUCGGCCAGCGGGGCUGAGCCAGGGCCACCGUGCACGGCCUCCACCUCCGUGGGGCUGGAACCAUCCUCGGCAGCUCCCCCAAACCCACGGCGACCGCUGAGCCUGAGCUGAGGCUGAGCUCCCCCAGCCCGGAGGGUCUGGCACUGCCAGCCCAGCCUAGGCCGGGCACAGCCAAGCCCAGCCUGGCCAGAUGGGCGCUGGACAAGGCCGGCACGGGGCCUGGAGCCGCCUGUGGCCCCGCUCCGGGGCGGUUCCACUGCAGGGCCGAGCGCGGCGUCCCGGGGGAGCGGGACGAGCCCCGGCCCCGCGCCCGCUCAGCACCGGCCGGGCCUGCCAUUGGCUCCGGCGGGAGCGCUGACCGCCAGCCGCCUCCGAACUAUUUCCUGUUGCUCCAGCGUUAAUGCUAAACAGACCUUGCUCUCUCUUCCCUCGCUCCAGCCAAAGUGCAGCGGCUCUGCCGCCGCCACCUUCCCACCCCGAUGCCAAGCAUGUGCCGUCCUUGGAGCCGCUGAGAACUGCCAGGAACAGGAUGGAGAGUCGCCGGAGGGACAUGGAGCUGCUCAGCAACACCAUGGCCGCGUAUGCCCACAUCCGAGCCAACCCCGAGAGCUUCGGGCUCUACUUUGUGCUGGGCGUCUGCUUCGGGCUGGUGCUCACCCUGUGCCUGCUGGUGCUGCGCUUGUCCUGCCGGCCCUCCCCGCGGCCCCCGGCGCGCCCCGGCGACCUCAGCGAGGACGACGAGGACGAGGAGGAGGACGAAGAGGACACCGUCGACCGCGCAGCGUCUGAAUCGCUGCUGCCGGUGACCGAGAUCCCGCUGGAGGGCCAUGGCCCCGGGGACGGAGCGCUGGCCGUGAAUGUGUUCACAUCGGCCGAGGAGCUAGAGCGGGCGCAGCGGCUGGAGGAGCGUGAGCGCAUCAUCCGCGAGAUCUGGCGCAACGGGCAGCCCGACAUCCUGGGCUCCGGCACCAUCGGCACCCUGGGCCGCGUCCACUACUACUGAGCCCGGCAGCUGCCCUGGCACGGGCUCUGCUCCCGCACCACUGGACCCACACCGUGCCAGGAGGGACCAGGAGGACAGCGGGGCUGCUCGCUGCCCCUGAGCUAGCGGAGCUGCCUUGGACUGUCCCUGCAGCGCGGAGAGACAGACCCCGAUGUCACGGGCACCCCCGGGGCUGGACUCGCUCCCGCCACUGUGGGACACGAUGCACUUUGAGCCAUUGGUACGACGGCUGGCACCAGCCGAACAGCCCCGGGACACGCGGGGCAGGGACAGGACAGAGCAGCCGUUGCUGCCCGGCUCAGCCGGGAUCUGCCGGGGGUUUCACCCCGUGGGGCAGGGCCGGGCUGUGCGUCCGUGUGAGCCGUGGGCCCCUGCCCCACAAACAUGGUGCUGUUCUACACGAACUAGAGCCCAGCAUGGCGGGUCUGGCGUUUUGGGGGGCCCUGGACAGAGGGACGGUCUCGGCCCCUCCCCGAGCUAAUUUCUUUCCCGGCCCCACUAAAAUUAGCCGGCUCUUUUCCGGCACCGCCCGCCGUGACCCAACGCCCUGCGGCCGGACCGAGGCGGAUGUUCCUGCUGGACUUUGGGCCGGCCACUGCUCCCCAGGGAUGCGGCAGCUCCCGCCGGGCUGAGCUGCAUCCUGCCCCACUCACAGCCCCGCGGAGUGCCGGGCCCCCCUUCCCUGGCAGCUUUAUAAAAAUAGCUCCUUCCCAGGCUGGUUCCCCCCUCCGCCGCCAGCGCCAGCAGGAUCCAGAUGUUUUCCAGAUGUUCUCCAAUGGCUGGAGGCCAGGAUGGGCUGGGGCUGGGACUGGAGCUGGCCUGGGAAACUGUGCGGGGGUGGAGGCGGAGGAGGGGGAGCUGGAGGGAGAGAAGGAAGAGACCCUGCCCCAACCCUGCCCUGGUGGGACUCCUUGUGCCACGGUGGGACCCUUUGUGCCCGACAGGACCAGCCCAGCCCUUCAGGGGCAUGGCAGCCAACAGCAGAGCCCUGAGCAGCCCCCACACAACACUCUGUACCCAAAACAGUUUAUUUUAAACAAUUUCUGUAGAUUCAGGGGCUGUUAUGCUUCAAGGAGCAGUGUCUGGGUGUGGGGUGGGCAUUUGUACCCAAUGGGUGCAGAACUGGGCUGGGGGCAGUGAGGCCAGGGGGGUACACAGAACCAUGUGCCACCCACCUGCCCCGUUCCAUAGGCGGGCACCACAGCCCCCACAUGCUAACUGGCCAGCCCCUUCCUCAUUUGCUCAAUCUCCACCUGUGGGGAAAGGCUGUGAUUGGUGGGGGACACAGGGAACCCCAGGACGAGGCAACCCCUGCCAGGGACUCACCUGCAGCGCCUGGCCCUGAGUCCGCUCCUGGCACAGCUCCUGCUGCAGGUCCUGCAGGUCCCGCCUGCAACAUGCCAGGAUGGCUCAGGCGGGGCCAGAACAAGCAGCAAAUGGCCAGGAGCCACUGGGAACUCCCUGACACCCUCAUCCCCACUCACAGGUGCUGGACUCGCAUCAGGUCCACAAGGAUGUGCAGGGUGAGGACCUCAGCCUUCAGGUCCUCCAGGGCCACUGACUCCAACACCUCCAGCCCAUCUGUGCUCCAUGGCGGGACAGAUGCCUGCCCCGUUCUGGGGACAGGGGCACAGAAGGCAGCACAGGGCAGCCCCUGGGGCUGCUCUCCCUCACAGGGUCCCCCCAUGCUCCCUGGGGCGAUGCUGGGUGGCCGCUGGCUGGGUACUCAUGGCCGUGUGGCUGUGGGGUGGCUCAGCCUGGCUGUGGUAACUGACACCGUGUUGAAGCCAUUGGCAUCUGCCAGAGAAAACAGGAAUCAGCACCUGGUGCUGGGCAGGGCCCAGCCACCCCUGCAGCCCCUGCAUGGCCCCUGCAGCCUACCUGGGUCAUCAGCUGUGCCCUGCUCCAUGUCAGCUGAGGCGCUGGGCUGGGGGUCACUGGGCCUGGGGACAGCAGAGGUGUGAAGUGGUACAGCUGGGGGAGCUGCCAGCCCCACACCAGGGCAGCCACGAGCAUGGCACUGGCACUGGGACAUCGCAGUGGCCCUGGACACCCCAGUACAGCCACUUGUUUCUUACUUGGUGGCCAGCACGGGGGCUGGUUUGGUCUUGGCAGGAACAGGGGGAGCAGGAGCCAUCCUCUUAGUAAGUGGGAACUUCGUUGGUUCCAUCCUCGCUGGUGCUGGGAGUUCUGGAGAGAGGCAGGAGCAGGGCUGGGGCUGGGACUGGCACUGACAAGAGUGGAGCAGGAAGUGCUUCCUGCUUGUGCCACGCCCUGGCCCAGGGGACCUCGCCCAGGCACAUCCCUGUCCUUCCCUCUCCUCCAGCCCAGGACUCACUCCCUGUCCUCACCCUUCUUGUCCAUCUGUGGCUGCAGCUGCCAGGGAGCAAAGGGGCUCAUCAGGUGCUGGGGAAGGACCCUUGUUACAGCCUCUCAAAGCCCCACGCCAGCCCUGCACCAGCGCCACAUCAGCCCCGCUGUGGUUGGCGCUUCCUCCGUGUGUGGUGGAGCAGCAGCUUCAAAGCUCCUCUGAGCACCAGUGCUGCAGCAGGGGCAGGAUGUCAUUCCACCAGCAUCACAGCAGCAUCCCUGCCACCGCUGCACCCUGGGGUCACGCCAGGACAAGCCCACUGGCGUGGUGUGACACAGGACAUCAGGCCAUGGACAUGUGCCCAUGGACCACGCUGUUCUCACAGCAGGCCCCUCUGUCCCCAUGGUCGGCCACACUGUCACUGUGGUGGGUCACCAUGUCCCUGUGGUGGGCCAGCAGUCCUGAUGGUGCCUGGUCCCUGCUGCUGCCACCAGCGCAGCCCUUGUCACAGAGACCUUGCAGACACCAAAGAUAUGGCUGAAGCUCCAAGGGCUGCAGGGAUGAGGACACCCCUAUCCAAGGCCCCAGUGCUCCUCCGCUCUGGUGGCACAGGGGUGAUGGUGCCCAGAAGUGCCCGGCAUCCUGCCAGCCCCUCAUGGGCAGCUCUCCUGGAGCCCAGGGCACGCCCCAGCCCUGGAGCAGUGUGAUCCCACGCAGGUGCUGCCAUUGGGAUGAUCCCUGUGCCUGGGACCCUCGGAGCUGCCACUGCUCUCUUCUACCUGCCAGUGUGGGGCUGCCCCCGAGGCUGAGUGGUGCCAUGCAGUGCCAGGCUUCCCCAGCCCCACACCACACACGUGAUGCCAGAGGAAAUCAGCUCCAUGCUGGGAAGGAAGUUGAAGCAGAGCGCACCUCGGUGCUGGUCCACACCGCAUCCCUGUGCCCCACUGGAGGACUCCUGCUCCGGAGCCAACCUCGUGCCCUUCCUGGGGCUGCCUGGCCAUCCCGGCGGGACACCAAAGCUCCCAGCAUAUGAUGGACACCAGGGCUAGACCCACGGGACUCUCUGUGCUGGGACGGCAGCGUCAGCCUCGGCUGUGGGAGAGGGUUUGGGUGAGGGUGGGACCGCAGGAAGGGACCGCUGGCACAGCAGAGCCUCACAGAGCCGUGUGUCCCCUGGCCAUCCCCAGCUUGGAGCCCCCACCCACCCACCUUCUCCAGCCCUGGGCAGGGCUGUGCCACCUGUGCCACCGUGGGGGUCCCUGUGUGACAGAGCUGCAACUGCGGGGGCAGCCAGGGCCAGCGCACGGAGGAGAGGACCGCAGCUGGCCUGGGUGACAGCUCACACUCACCAGGGUCUCACAGCGGUUCUGUCACCCUCAGACAGAGGGGAAGUGAAACCCAAACCACAGAGGGGCCAAAACCCACACUGUGUGACACCAGGGAUCCUGGCUGGUCCUGGCCUGUGCCUGGUCCAGGAGACAAAGUGGAUAUUCCUUCUGGCCAAAUGCAUUUGACCCAGGCAAUUAACUGAGAGCAGGGCUGGGAAUCAGCCAUGGGACAAAGAAGGAUAGCAGAACAGAGGUUCCACUGCAGAUCAGGAGGCUGCACUCCCCAGGUGUGGCCACUCAGGCCAAGGAGCUGGGAACACUGGGCACCUCAGGCUGGCUCAAGGCUGAGUGUGAAGAGAAGCACCAGCUGCUAUCCCAGCACUGUCCCAACAGCUCUUGGCCAACACCAUUACCCACAGCAGCCAGGAAAUACGAAUUUCUGCAAACCCCACACACCCAGCAGCCUCCCCAGCACCCUCUCUUGAGACAGCAGUGAUGGAAAAGCAGCAGCAAGGGCAGCACACGGGGCUGCAGCGGGUCCCUUGUGAGCUCCUGAGAGGAGCUCGGGUGUGGGAAGGAUGGAGCUGGUCCUGUGCACGGGUGACACAAUCCCUGCUGGCAUCAGGCUGGGGAAGGGCCUGUGGCUGUGUCACCAUUGUCCCCA